AAUCAUCAUCCCUUGACAACCAGCGAAUUUAAUUUGAUAAUUUUUUUAUUUUGUUUGUCAUUCGAUUUUAUACAUUUUGUCAUUCGUAUACGAACUAAGCAAUAAGUUGUUGUUUUUUUUCUUCUGUGAUUAAUGAAAAAAAAGAUGGAAAACAAAAGCAAUACACAGUUAUUAAUGUUAGGUCCAAAAGGUUUGAUUGAAAGUGGUCAACGAACAACAUCGAUUUCAGAUAAUUGUUUAACAAAAGAUCCAGCAUUUCAAAAACUUAAACAUUAUUAUGAUGAAAUUGCAUCCAAAAUGGUUAUGAAUGAUUUAUUCAAUAAUGAUACGAAAAGAUUUGAUAAAUUUCAUCUAAAAUUAUCAACACCAUAUUAUGGUUUUUUAUUAUUUGAUUAUUCAAAAAAUUUAAUCGAUGAAACCAUUAUGAAAAGAUUAUUUGAAUUAGCUAAAAAUCGUAAUGUUGAAUCAAUGCGUGAUCGUAUGUUUGCUGGUGAAAAAAUUAAUUUUACUGAAAAUCGUUCCGUAUUGCAUAUUGCAUUACGUAAUCGUUCGAAUCGUCCGAUUAUGGUUAAUGGCCAAGAUGUUAUGCCUGAUGUUAAUCGUGUACUGAAUAAAAUGCAAGAAUUUUCUCAACAAAUUAUUGAUGGUGUUUGGACUGGUUAUAGUGGUAAAAAAAUUACCGAUAUUGUUAAUAUUGGUAUUGGUGGUUCAGAUUUAGGACCUGUAAUGGUAACCGAAGCACUUAAACAUUAUCAAAAAGGUCCAAAUGUUCAUUUUGUAUCGAAUAUUGAUGGUACACAUUUACAUGAAACAUUGAAAAAAUUAAAUACGGAAACAACAUUGUUUAUUAUUGCAUCGAAAACAUUUACAACACAGGAAACGAUUACAAAUGCUGAAUCAGCUCGAGAUUGGUUUCUAAAACAAGCCAAUAAUAAAUCAUUUGUUGCUAAACAUUUUGUUGCAUUAUCAACAAACAAAACAAAAGUUAUUGAAUUCGGUAUCGAUCCAAAUUCAAUGUUUGAAUUUUGGGAUUGGGUUGGUGGUCGUUAUUCACUUUGGUCGGCUAUUGGUUUAUCUAUUUGUUUGUUUAUUGGUUUCGAUCAAUUUCGACAACUAUUGGAUGGUGCACAUUUUAUUGAUGAACAUUUUCGUCAAGCACCAUUAGCUCAAAAUUUACCAGUAAUAAUGGCUUUAUUAGGUGUUUGGUAUAUUAAUUUUUUUGAUGCUGAAACACAAGCUAUUUUACCAUAUGAUCAAUAUCUUCAUCGAUUUGCUGCAUAUUUUCAACAAGGUGAUAUGGAAUCAAAUGGAAAAUAUGUAACACGUUCCGGGCAAACAGUAAAUUAUCGAACAGGUCCAAUUGUAUGGGGUGAACCAGGUACAAAUGGUCAGCAUGCAUUUUAUCAGUUAAUUCAUCAAGGAACCAGACUUAUACCAUGUGAUUUUAUUGCACCGGUUAAAACAUUGAAUCCGAUUCGUGGCGGUCUUCAUCAUACAAUAUUGUUGGCCAAUUAUCUGGCUCAAACUGAGGCAUUAAUGCGUGGUAAAACUCGUGAACAAGCUGAACAAGAACUUCGUGAUCAAGGCAAAAAUGAUGAAGAUAUUGGUAAAAUUUUACCACAUAAAAUAUUCGAAGGUAAUCGUCCGACUAAUUCAUUUUUACUUGAUUUUAUUUCACCAUUUAAUCUUGGUGCAUUGAUUGCUUGUUAUGAACAUAAAAUUUUUGUUCAAGGUAUUAUAUGGGAUAUUAAUUCCUAUGAUCAAUGGGGUGUUGAAUUGGGCAAACAAUUAGCCAAAACAAUUGAAAAAGAAUUACAAUCAAAAGAUAUGAUUACCAAACAUGAUUGUUCAACAAAUGCAUUGAUCAAUAUGAUCAAAAAUAUUAAUAAUAAAUAAGAUUGAUUCUCUUAUAUGAGAGAUUAUUGCAAUAAAAGAAAAAAAAAAUUAUUAUCAAAAAA